AUGGCACCUGGAGGUUUCUCGGGAUAUGGUUCCCUGGAGCGCGCAACAGGCAUUCGUAAAUUGAAAACUGGGAUGAACGUGUUCUGGGUGAGGGCAACGAAGUAUCAUUUUGUAUGUAUGUACGGAGGUGCAGCAUGUUCCAAAGAAGUUUAUUGUUCACUUCCUUCCGUCGCAAGACCUUUCACGAACCCCUUCUCUCGUGUUGCAGAGCCUAACUUCGUGGGGUCGUACGACAUCGGGCAGUACGUGCUGUUCUUCUUCCGGGAGACGGCCGUCGAGUACAUCAACUGCGGCAAGAGCGUGUACAGCCGAGUGGCGCGCGUCUGCAAGAAGGACACGGGUGGCAAGAACAUCCUGUCGCAGAACUGGGCCACCUACCUCAAGGCGCGGCUCAACUGCUCCAUCCCGGGCGAGUUCCCCUUCUACUUCAACGAGAUCCAGAGCGUGUACAAGGUGCCCGGCGACGACACCCGCUUCUACGGCGUGUUCACGACGUCGAUGACCGGGCUGGUGGGCUCGGCCAUCUGCGUGUUCACGCUGCGCGACAUCCAAGAGGCGUUCCGCGGCAAGUUCAAGGAGCAGGCGACGUCGGCCAGCGCCUGGCUGCCCGUGCUGUCCUCGCGGGUGCCCGAGCCGCGACCCGGCGACUGCGUCAACGACACCGAGACGCUGCCGGACACGGUGCUGAACUUCAUUCGAUCCCAUCCGCUCAUGGACGCAGCAGUGGCACACGAGCACGGAAAACCCGUUUUCUUCAAACGCGACCUUCUCUUUACGGAUCUCGUAGUGGAUCGCCUGAAAAUAGACCUCAUCGCCUCAAUUAAAGAAUACAUCGUCUACUAUGCCGGAACAAAUAACGGGCGCGUGUACAAAGUGGUGCAGUGGUACGACGAGGACGCCGAGGACUCGCGCUCGCGCCUGCUCGACAUGUUCGACGUGACGCCGGGCGAGCCCAUUCGCCUCAUGGAGAUCUCCCGGGAGCACCGCUCUCUGUACGUGGCGUCCGACCAUCGCAUCCGCCAGAUCGACCUCGUCAUGUGCAACCGCCGCUACGACAACUGCCUGCGCUGCGUGCACGACCCCUACUGCGGCUGGGACAAGGACUCCAGCUCCUGCAAGCCCUACGCGCCUGGGUUGCUUCAAGAUGUUGCAAAUCGAACAGUAAGCAUAUGUGACAGCAGUGUUGUGAAGAAGAAAAUGGUUGUAACUUGGGGUCAGAGCAUUCAUUUAGGCUGUUUUCUUCGAAUGCCAGAAGUAUUGAGCAGGCAGACCGUUACAUGGUAUCAUUACAGCAAGGAGAAAGGCCGUUAUCAGAUUCAGUACAGGGCUGACAAAUAUAUAGAGACUUCUGAGCGAGGCCUGGUCAUCAUAGCAGUGACAGAGGCAGACUCUGGUCGCUAUGAUUGUUGGCUUGGAGGAGCUCUUCUCUGCAGUUACAAUAUAACUGUUGAUGCUCAUCGUUGUGCACCACCAGGAAAGUCGCAUGACUACCAGAAGAUCUACUCAGACUGGUGCCAUGAGUUUGAGAAGUACAAGAUGGCAAUGAAAACUUGGGAGCGCAAACAAGCUCAAUGCAGCACCCGUCAGAAUGACAGCAACCAGAAUGCACACCCUAACGAGAUCUACCACAGAAGUCCUUUGGUCUGAUAGCCGGUUACUGGACGCGCUUGAGCUGCUACUCGUGGUAGUGGGCUUUUGGCUGUGGUAUACCACCUUCAUUCGGCCCCGUCGUCGGAUUGUCACAGCAGCCUUGUCUGCCCCUGCAGCAGCCGACGCUCCAGCGUCCACUGGCGCCAAUGUGCGCCGUUCAGCCAUUGCAGCCUCUGAGGUGUGAUUUUUCACAUUGGGUGCAUGGUAGACAUAUGCAUUGGCACUACUACAGAACUCGUUGUUGUGUGCUGGAGUAGAUCUGUGAUAUUCUGCUACUGUGUGUAAAGUGAAGAAGGAACUUGAGAUAAACAAAAUUGUAAGAGAGUGAGAAAGAGAGAGAGAAAUAUGAACAUUGACAUCUGUUGUUUCAGAGUGUGCGUUUGUGUGUUAAAUUUUGUGCUGAAUGACAGACAAGACUUAUUAGAGACCAAACCAAAUAAUAUGAAAGUGUCUUUUUUAGUUUGAAAUUGUGUGUGACAAGAGGGAGCUCUUUACGAAGCAACGCUUGCUUAUAGUGCAAUUCUAGAUGCAAGUGUGUGAUGGUUUAUUCCUCUCUUUUCUAAUAAUUCUUGUUUACCAGCAAACUAUGACUCUAUUUCCAUGCAGUAUUUCUUCUCAACAAUUGAGUUAGAAGCUCUGUUGCUUCUGCCAGCUCAACUGCCCAAUGGCUCACAAAGCUCUACACACCUUCCCAUACCAACUUCGAUUACAACUAGGCAAUUACAUCAGAAAUUUCCUAAGGACAACUGAAGCUGAUGUUCCUGCCUGAGCUCCCUGCUGUGUUAUACUGAUAUGUGGUUAAAGUUUUUGCAGUGAGCAACGUAUCAGACCAUUUUAGGUCUGACAAAACACAAAACGGUUAAAAAAGGCACUUCUUAGAUACCUACGUCUUCACAACAAGGAGCUUGCCUUUUGCAGUGUGCCCACAGAGUGUGGUUUCUUCAUAUGAAUUUCAAGAAUGAAGAAAAAGAAGAAUAACAAGAAAUUGAAGAAGAAUUUUGAACUUGGAAGCUUCAUAAAUAUAAGUUGAAUUAGGAUUGAACCAAUGACUUGAAAUCACUAGAAUGUUUAUAAAUAAAUAACAUAGUUUUUAAGUGGACAUCAAUUUUCAAUUCAUUUCAUCAGAUCAUUAUGAAAAAAAAUUUCAUGAUUUGUCAUUAAAGUUUAUGAUAUUAACAAUAGCUCUAGCUGUAGCCUUAGCAUAUAAGAUAUCUUGUGAAAAUUAAAUCCAACCUAUUGUAUGCUUGCCUAUAUUCAUAGGCCCCACAACUUAAUAAAACCAUCUUUCUAUGUUGAAGUGUGCCUGAAUCCCAGUUCUGCUAUGUACUUGUAAAAUAUGUAAAGCGCAUUGUAACAUUGUCUUUCAUUGUGGCUUAUGUUGUACCAAAAUGUUCCCUGCAUUGCAAAAUGUCUUCAGAAUGGAAGAUCAAAAAAUUCUGAAAUGUUUUCAUUUGAAAGUUAGAUUAUUUCUUUAUGGUAUAAAAUGGAAAAUAUGUAACUAUAACUUGUGUACAUUGUGCAGAAAAACAGAAUCUUGAAUCCAUAAUGAUUAAUUUAGCAUGAAUUUCCUUUUGUAUUACUUUUGGGCUCACUGAGUGUGUCAUACAAUAGCAAUUGUAAAAUAAUGGAAAUGUAAUAUUCUUGUUACUUUGAUCACUUCAAUAAAAAUGCAGCAGUUGAAUGAGAAACUGAAACUCUUUUUGUCAUGAUUGGAAUGAUAAAAGAUUUAUAAAACUGCAAUUAGGAAACUUCAGUCUUUGGCCUGUAAGCAAAGCCACACCAAUGAUGAUGUUUCAAUGUAUUCUAAAGAAGCAGAAAUAUUUACUGGAAACUGUUUCUCUUCUGCAUUUUGGACCUUUAACGUCACUCAGGAUUUUACUUCAAUAACCCUGUGAAUUAUUCAAAAUAAAUUAAUAUUUUCAGUACUAGUACAUUGUCAGAAUCAAAAAGUUUCC